GAAAUCAGGGAACGGCAAGGACCAAGGCUUGAUCAAGAUCAUCCAUACAAAAUGGUAGUGAAAAUUGCAACCUUCUGGAUUUAUCUGUUUGCGUUUUCAUUUUUGGUUCCCUGUCGCGCAGCGGAUAACGACUCCAGUCAACCAAUAUGCGACAAAGUGCAAUCUCCACUGUGCCUUUGUGCUGGGAUGCCUGGUAUGCACGGAAAGCCUGGGCUCCCCGGGGCACCUGUACGUGACGGCCGUGACGGCCGUGAUGGACGCAAAGGAGUCAAAGGCGAUCGGGGCAGCCCAGGGGAGAAUGGACCCCAGGGACCCCCAGGUCUCCAGGGAGUCCCGGGUGCGAAAGGGGAACCUGGAGCACUGGGUCCUCCCGGCCAAAAGGGGCCGAGGGGAGAAAAUGGGACAAACGGAAUUCCUGGGACUCCUGGUAUGAUGCCCACUAAGAACUGGAAAGAGUGUGCCUGGAAGAACGUGAAUGACGACAGAGACAAUGGCUUGAUUAAGGAGUGUGUGUUCAUCAAGAAACACGCAAGUACAGUGCUUCAUGUUUACUGGACUGGUUCCCUGCGGAUUUUUAGCUGCAAUAACUGUUGCAAACGUUGGUAUUUCACCUUUAACGGCGCUGAGUGUUCUGGACCCCUACCAAUUGAUGGUGUUGUGUAUAUGCGCAUUGGGAAAAGUCAAAAUCGUCAUCGCGUCUACAACAUUGAGGGCCACUGCAAUAACAUCCACAAAGGCAAGGUACGCGUUGGGUUCUGGGUUGGUAAUUGUCCAGGAUACGGAAGCGUGGACGCCUACACAGGCUGGAAUUCAGUUUCCCGGAUCUUUAUUGAGGAAGUUCCUAAGCCACAAUCUUGUUGUUUUCUCGCUCAGUUUGAUCUAACUUUACCCAAUUUUACUAUAGUUCAAAGGAUGUCAAUGCCGAAAUUCCGUAACAAGAUUUCAUCCGCCAUCAUGUCUUGUUUAUUAAUCUUACUUCUGAUACCCUUGGGCUCUGCUUGUAACAGCACCUUACCAAUGACACAGUGUGGAUGUAGUGGUUGUAGUUGCAUGCCAGGAAUCCCAGGUAUUCCGGGAAGUCCGGGACCUGCGGGAGCAACAGGAUCUCCAGGAUCGCCCGGACCCCAAGGACCUGCGGGACCCAAAGGUCACCCUGGUGGAAAAGGAGAUGAGGGCCCUCAAGGCCCCCCUGGAGAAAAUGGGACACAAGGAUCUCAAGGACCACCUGGUCCUCAGGGCCCAAAGGGUGACGAUGGCGACCGAGGGAUUCGGGGCCCCCCAGGUCCCCGAGGCUUCCCCGGCCUUCCAGGGUCAUUCAGAGGUAACUGGAAGCAGUGCGUGUUCAAUGGCCUCAGUGAUCCAAAGGACGUCGGCUUGAUCAGGGCAUGUCGCUUCAAAAAAGCAUCAUCCAAAACUGGCCUUCGGGUCUUCUGGAAUGGCGUUCUUCGCAUCUACAACUGCAAUCAUUGCUGUAAGCGUUGGCAUUUUACCUUCAACGGGAGAGAAUGCACUUUCCCGGCCAAAAUUGAUGGAGUGGUAUACAUGAGAUAUGGAGCUCAGGCAAAGAAGAAUCUACUCCGUGUUCGACAUAUUGAGGGAGUGUGUGAAAGAAUCCCGGCGGAAAUCGUCACCGUGGGAUUCUGGAUCGGAAACUGCCCUGGUUAUGGGAACUUCGAUGGGCACACUGGUUGGAACUCAGUCUCCCGCAUAUACAUUGAGGAGGUUCCACCUCCACAACUAUAAAAGAAUCGGUAACGCCGUCGCUGAUGUCCAACAAGCCACCAAAACGAUGAUUUAAGGUCAUGUAAUGAGUGAAUGAUGUUUGAUUAAAGGUGAAAAAAUGAACAUAAUUGGGAAAGAUCUUGGUAUCAAUUUCGGGCUUCU